AUGCCGUGCGGCGGCAAGGGAAAGGUGGUGCUGGUGAUGGGCGCCACGGCCACCGGCAAGUCCAAGCUGGCAGUUGACCUUGCGCUGCGCUUCGGCGGGGAGGUCGUCAACUCCGACAAGAUCCAGGUCCACGACGGCCUCGGCGUUGUCACCAACAAGGUGACGGCGGCGGAGUCCCGGGGCGUGCCGCACCACCUCAUCGGCGGGGUGAGCCCCGACGCAGAGUACACGGCCGCUGACUUCUGCCGCGACGCCACGCGCGCCGUGAAGUCCGUCCACGCCAGGGGCCGCGUCCCCGUCAUCGCCGGCGGCUCCAACAGGUACCUCGAGGCGCUGCUGGACGGGGAGCCGGCGUUCCGCCGGCGCUACGAGUGCUGCUUUCUCUGGGUGGACGCCGACCUGCCGGUGCUGGACCGCUACAUCCGGGACCGCGUGGACGGCAUGCUGGAGCAGGGGCUCGUCGACGAAGUACGGGGAUUCUUCAAGCCGGAUGCCGACUACUCCCGGGGAAUCCGGAGGGCCAUCGGCGUGCCGGAGAUGGACACAUACUUCCGUCUGGAGGCCAUGGGGAAGCUGGACGGUGACGAUGAGCUGCGUGCGCGACUGCUAUCUGAUGCCGCCGACGAGAUCAAGGCCAACACGUGCAGGCUGGCGCGCCGGCAGCUGCGGAAGAUUCGCCGGCUCCACGGUACCCCGGGGUGGAGCAUCCGCCGCCUGGACGCCACUGAGGUGCUCAUGUUGAAGACCAGGGAAGCCACAGACCCCGAUACCGAGCGCGCGGCGUGGGAGGAGGAUGUCGCGGGGCCUGCCGCGAGGGCAGUGGCCACCUUCCUGCACUACCGGAAACAGAAGCUUUGCCGAGCGCCGGAACCUUUGCCGAGGGUCAAAAAACGGGCACUUGGCAAAGCUUGUCUUUGCCUAGAGCACCACUCGGUGAAACAAAAAACUCGGCAAACAGCUCUUUGCCGAGUGCCGGGCACUCGGCAUAGAAAAGCACUCGGUAACGACAACUUUGCCGAGAGUUGGGCACUCGGCAUACCAAGGCACUCGGCAAAACACAGCUACGUUGUACAGGCCGUUAUCUUUGCCGAGAGCCCUACGCGCGACGCUCGGCGAAGAUACAAUUUUGCCGAGAGCGGCCCGUAG